AUGGCGGCGAAGAGCCUGUCAAACUCAGGGCUGAGCGAGGGCAGUGCUCCCGCUGGUGUGACAGGAGCUGCCAUGCAGGGUUUCGCCCGGCACUGCUGCGUCACCUUGGUGGGCGGCGGGUUCCUGUGGCUCUUGUUCACUCUGAAAGUCCCCAGGGAAAUUGAAGACGACCAGAACAGGAUGACUAUUGAAGAGGACCAGGCGGUGCCUCUGCCAAGGCCGCAGGAGGGCAGUUAUAGGAGAAGGAAGGAUCUGGAGCCACUAGAAGACUGGCAGAAUCUCACUCUGGAAAAAACCCAGCAGAGAAAGAAGAGUGCGUUCCGAGGAGGGGACCGAGCAGCGAGGGCGGAAAGAGAGCCGGUGCCGCAGAGCAUCCACCCGGCCUGCCUGCGCGCUGACCGCGCCGCUGGCCGCCCUGGCGUGACUGACGCUCGGCACCUGCUCGAGGCGCCCCGGCCAGACCGCAGCGGCCUCCCGUACACGCCGCUCCCCGUCCGCGCCACCUCGAAGGUGCAGCAGAAGCGCCUCACGGUGCUGGCCCACCUGGCGGGCGCUGGCCUGACCUGGCUCAGGGAGACCGUCCUCCGCAUUUCCAGCCUCUUCGGCUCCCAGAUCUCGGUGGGGCAGCUGCUGCUGAUCUACACCCCGCCAGAGGCCUGUCCCCCGCAAGGGCGGCGUCGGGGCGGGGGCCUCUUACCAGGAGCCCUACUCCCAGUGGACCACGCCUUCCUCAUGAGCUGCGCCGCGAAGCUCUCGGAGUACUUCCUGCCGCUGGAGGACGACGCCUUGUGCGCCCCCAACUUCAUCAGCCACGUUCAGUGGAAAGUGGACACCCUGGGGUCCCAGCGCUGGGCGCUCCUGGAGUUCUCCAACCUGGGCUUCCUGGGCAAGCUCUUCCGCAGCGGGGCCCCGGUGCUGGUCCACUUCCUCCUCCUCUUCUACAGGGAGGAGCCCCUUGCCAGGCUCCUCCGUCACUUCCGCACCCUCCUGGCCCAGAAGGACCCGAUCCUCUGCAGACCGUUCCUGUUCUACCACCGGGUCCCCUACCAUGCACCGAACGACAGCCAGAAGGCCUCGGGCACGCAGAAAAAGAGCCCCUACGCCCCUGACAACCCACCAGGAGCCGUGUUAACCGACAUGAAGGUUUUUGAGGUCCAUCUCCCCUGGGAGGCCUACAAUCUGGACGAGUCCUUCUUUUGGACCCACAGUGUUAGCGCAGGGAACCCCCUGACGGCCAUCCUGAAGCACCCAGCAGACCUGAGGAGGGUGCCGGUGCUGACGGGCACCAGCGUGGACGGCAGGCACGCCCUGGAGAGGGGGCAGGCGGAGCCGGGCUACGAGCCCGAGGGGACGCCACGGCGCUGCGCCAGCCUCACCUUGCUGGGCCAGCUCCUGGAGGGGCGGCGGGAUCAGGAGGUCGUUGCACAGAGCGUGGGGCACGCGGUGAGCUGCCUGAGGCUGGUGGCUAGCACUAACCAGGUGGGUGGGCUCAGCAUCAGGCACAUCUACCUCUGGGAGGAACAUGCCAGGGACGUGGGGGCAGCUCAGGAGGAAGACAACAAGACGAUGAAAAAUUACAACCUUGCAGCUAUGUCAUUCUAG